UUUAUAAAAUGUUACUGUGGCUUUUCGCGAUUGCGAGUUAUUUUUCUGGUUAUGCAAGUAGCUACGAAAUGAAUAUGACGAGAUACUUCAAAAUGCCAAACCUUUAUGAUUUCGAUGAUUAUGAUCGUUGUUUACAAGAAUUCAAGCAUCGAGAGACAUAUUGUUUUGUGCGCGCUGAGGUGCUGCCGCAAGAAAACUUGGAGGUAUGGCAAACCAUUGCUGAGGUAUCGAAAUACAACAAACAUCACUUUAAUCAUCGGCAUCUGUAUUAUGGGUUAUGUUUGCGCUGGUGUGAAGAGGAUUUAGUGCAAGCUGGGGCCGAUGUGGUCAAAGAACUUUAUGCUGGAUUACUCACCAACAACACAAAGCUCAACACAUACGUGGGUUUAUUCACCGCGGAGGAGUCCAAUCGUGUACAAUAUAAUACUAUAUUGAAUCAAUGUAUAAACUUGAAAUUAGCACAAACAUAUGGACUGAAAGCUGUCAGUAUGAUUGAAUAUUGCGAAACCAACCAUAAAGUUGUCGAAAUGGACACGUGGAACCUGACAUUCUAUGCCAUCACUUUUGUGCUGAUUUUAUUAGUUGCCAGCAGCAGUUUAUUUGAUUUCUAUCUCAAGCAUAGGCCUAGCGACAAAGAAAUUUCAAAGGAAGGUCACUACAAAAACGCAGUCACGGGCAUAGGCAACAGAUUCUGUGUGAGCUUUUCAAUAGCGCGCAAUUGGUAUCGCUUAAAUCAGGAACCAGUCGGCAAAUUGGGACGUGAUCUACGCUUUCUUGAUUGCUUCAAAUUUUUCUCUAUGUUCCUGGUGGUUUUCGCUCACACCAACUGGAUUCUGUAUGAGGGCGCCUUGAGCAAUCCUCAGGAUGUUGAACGAUUGUUGCAUACCCUUGCAGGCACUUUGCUAAUAUCUGGUGGUUUAAUUACGAUCACUUUUUUCGUCUUUAGUGGCUUAUUGUUGACUAUAAAUUGGCUGGCAUUUACAAAAAUCAAAAACAAUUUGAGCACCAUGGAAUAUGUGGAGGCUUUUAUUAAGUUUAAUAUAUUCCGUUAUUUGCGAUUGACCAUACCAUAUGGGUUUGCCAUUUUAUUGAGUGGUGUGUAUUUUGAAAAUCCCGGUGGACCACUUUGGCGUCACAUUUUUGAACGUGAGCAGCUCGCAUGUCGUAAGAAUUGGUGGGCCAAUUUACUGUAUAUUAAUAAUUAUUAUCGCAACGAUGAGAAGGGUGCUGGUGGCAGACUUGGGAAUGGUGCCAUCUUCAAAUCUGGGGUGUAUAUUGAGGAAAAUAUGCUCUCUCACUAUUCGCACAAAAUAAUCGUUUAGCAUGCGUCGAUGCGCCCUCGACGAAUUUCAAAAAAAUUUGGUCAAAUUUUUCCACUGAUUGACAAUGCACAGCAAACCGUCACUUUGGAACCAUGAAUUGGCUGCUGAUGUUUUAAUAGUGGCUUCUUUCCUUUAGGUCACA